GUUGAAAACUAAUGAUGGAUUUAUUUUUGUAUCUUUUCGGAUUAUUUUUUCUAUGCAAUCGAGUUAAAGGUCUCAGCGAAGAAAUGCAGGAAUUGGCAGAUAUGCUGCACAAUACGUGUGUUGAAGAAACAGGAGCCAUUGAAGACGACAUAUUUAAUGCUAGAAAUGGUAUUUUUGCAAACAAAGAAGAAUUUAAAUGUUACAUAAAAUGUAUAAUGGCGCAGAUGGCUUGUAUAGAUGACGAUGGUACAAUUGAUGAAGAAGCAACCAUAGCUGUUUUGCCAGAAGAAUAUCGCGAUAAAGCUGCACCAGUUAUUAAAAAGUGCGGUACAAAACAAGGGAAUUCUCCUUGCGAAAACGCUUGGUUAACACAUCAAUGCUACUACACAGAAGCUCCAGAUGAUUACCUACUUAUAUGAAGUCGCCGGAGCGAAUAUUGAAUGCGCCAGUAAUUAUAAAUUGAAUUUAUUUUGUAACCGUCGGUUUUUUGUAGAUAUUGUUCGUGCAAUCAAUGUAUUGCGGGUUCAAUCAAUAUUGGUUAACCUAAUUGCCACAUUUAAAAUUCUUUCACUUUUAGUACACCUAAAACUUUUUUUGAGAAACAAUUAUUAACUAGAAGCGAUACAGGGGAGUAUUUUUGAUAUUUUUUUGUUUGCAUUUGCGAAAUAAACGAAUAUAAUUGAUUGUGAUUCGAAGGCUUAGGCUACGCAAUUGCAUCGAAAUGUUGACAAGGAACCAACUAUUUUUUGUUUAUUUUGACUUUUGACUUUUAGGCUGAGUAUUAAGUCCACAUUAGAUGAUACAAUUUCGUCAACUAUUUUAUCGAUCUAAUUACAGUUUGUUCUAUAUUUUAUAAGUUGCAGCGCAAAUAGGAUUUUUCAUUAAUUUAACUCAAAUAUGAAGAUUUGUAGGAUCAUGCAAACAAUCGUUUUCUUAGUUCGACCAUACAUGCACUUCAAUGUCACAAAAUAAUGAGACAUUUCACAAGUAAAGCUUUCGCUUCUUGUUAAUAACAUAUUUUUUGCUCUUAUUAAAAAUAUUGCGAUACUUACCAAAUUAAUGAAUGUAUUUAUUGUUUAUAGAUAGAAACAUUAGUUUGUUAAAUAAGGAGGUCGUUUAAAAGUACGUUCUUUACCUAUAAUAAAAUAGGCUUGUCGAAAUUAUGCGUGACUUAUUGCGGAUAAUGAUUGAAAAAAAUUGCAUGUAAAUUGUAAAAUAUAACGAAAGUAGUAUGAUUAAUUUUGUAAAUCUA